GAUGGAUGUCCUCAGUGAAGAGAGCGUGCCGUGCCUCAGUUUGUGUCCUGGCGUGGACAGGGAAGUAUCUCCCAUCCAAGGGUAGAAGCGGCCGGAGAGAGGUUGCCGUGCUGGGGGGACCUUGUGGUUCUCCUGCAGGAGUGCGACCAUGAGCACCUGGAUGCCCAUCGCCAAGGAGUAUGACCCACUGAAAGCCGGCAGCAUCGAUGGCACCGAUGAAGACCCCCACGACCGCGCCAUCUGGAGGGCCAUGCUGGCGCGCUACGCCCCCAACAAGGGUGUCACUGGGGACCCGCUGCUCACCCUGUUUGUGGCGAGGCUGAACCUGCAGACGAAGGAGGAGAAGCUGAGGGAGGUGUUCUCCCGCUACGGCGACAUCCGGCGACUGCGGCUGGUGAAGGACCUGGUGACCGGCUUCUCCAAGGGCUACGCCUUCAUCGAGUACAAGGAGGAGCGUGCGCUGCUCAAGGCCUACCGCGACGCCGACGGCCUGGUCAUCGACCAGCAUGAGAUCUUCGUGGACUACGAGCUGGAGCGGACCCUCCGGGGCUGGAUCCCCCGGCGCCUGGGUGGAGGGCUGGGCGGCAAGAAGGAGUCCGGGCAGCUGCGGUUCGGGGGGCGCGAUCGGCCCUUCCGGAAGCCCAUCAACUUGCCCGUGGUGAAGAACGACGCGGGGAGAGAGGGCAAGAGGGAGCGGCGGGAGCGGUCUCGAUCCCGGGACAGACACUGGGACGCCAGGGCGCGCGACCGCGGCCGGGAGAAGCGGUGGCAGGACAGGGAGCCAGCCCGGCCGCGGCCCGGCGGCGACUGGGAGCCAGACCGGGACUCGAGGGACGACAGGGCCAAGGGGAGGGAGAAAAGGGAUCGGAGUAAGUAGGGCCCACCCCGUCACGCCCCCCUGGGUCUGCAUCAGCCCUGCCACCCGCCUUGUUCCCCUACUGAGGUUGAGCCAAGAGUCCAAUAAAACAGCAGCCAUGCGGUCAGGAGCGAG